AUGGCUGUCCCUCGGGGAAUGAACGGCGAGCAUGGGCAGUCCCGUAAACACCAAAUUUCGGAAUCGGAACCGGGAGCCGAAAUCGAAAUGAUCAUUUCUGCCAGCAAGAAGGCUGAGAUUCUUGAUAGCGAGGACGAGAUGGAGGAUGAAGUCGAUGAGGACACGCCCAAAGGAAAGACAGUGGGAAGGGGGAGGGCAAAGCCCCCCACCACGACCAGAGGCAGACGCAAGGCACCCAGAGAAACAUCCGCAGAGGCCACGAAGAGCACCGGUCGCUCGCAGAAGCCCUCAGGUCCAGCUGAAGCUCCCGCCAUUUCCCAGCCAAUUAAUAGCGGUGCCUCGUCUUCCCUCUCGUCCGUGCCUGAUUCCGAAGCACCUGAUCUAAUGAACCUUGACGAAGUCCCUCUUGACCCCGGACUGGACCACAACAACAUAGACACCUCCUCUCAUCCCACAAAUAAUGCAAAUACUAGCAACGAUCUCAUUGCCAUGGCAGCCGGCAGCCCCACGGUCAGCGAUCGAUCUUUCGGUAAGCGCAAGGCGCCGAAGAAGAAUUCUGGGGACUCGCCCACCAACGCCCCCAAGCACAUGCUCGACGAUCCUGUUGAAGCUACUACCAAUCCUAAGUCAGCUGUCGGUAGGGCGAAUCUUCGCGACGUCCUCCUCAGUUCACAAGCGUGGAACUGCCUUACUGCCUCGGAUAAAAAGAUGCUACUGGAUCUCAUGCCUGACGACAAGGAAAUCAAGAACAAGGACACCGAUGAGUGUGAGUUGGAUAUUGAAAAGCUGCGAAACAAUGACGACUUUCGCUUUGACAUUGCCAGAUACCAGGAGAAUCUGCGCGAGGGCAAGCACGACCCCUUUUGGAUCUCGCAGGCUGUUGGGGCGCACGAGAAGCGCUGUCAAGGCGAAUACACACAGUUCGAGGCCGAAAAGUUCGCGAGGGAUUGGGGUAUGGGCAUGCAUGAUGCCCCUGCCGAAACGGCAGAGAAACCUCCCGAGGCCGUCGACGCUACACUGAAGGACGACAUGGAGGAGGUGGACGAGAGGCUUGGCAAGACUACCGUCACUGAACGCCAUGCUGAGGUGCAGAAGGGAGCGGAUCCUAACAGGGUAGUCGGGGCUGAUGAGCACCACGAGGCCCACAAGGGCUUUGUGGCUGAUAAGCAAGGCGAGCCUAGGGCAGCACACGCAGAGGAGCAAUCCCAAGCUCGGCAGACUACUACACGGGUUGAGCAUAAUUCUGAAAAUGGCGCGGUCGCAACGAACACCGAGCUGAAAUAG